AUGGCUGUCCUUUCGUGUUUUGCGCCCACCUCGGCGGCCGGUCCGCUUCGAUGCACCCAUGGCACCUCGGUCGAGAAGGACCUCGUCGACCUCCUUGGCCUGGGCCACCUCAUCGUCGGCGUCACCCUCAUCGUCGCGAUGCUGCUGCGACGUCGUUCCCUGGCGGGAUGGAUCGGCUUGCGCACGCCAGCGCUGCUGGCAGCGUUCGGUAUCAGCUGCGCCGCAAUACGCCUGGCCGACAAACUGGUCCGCAGCCCCAGCGCCGACGGGCAACCCGGCGUGUCCGUCGCCAUCGCCAUCGCCGCGGCGAGCAUCGUUCCCUGCGGGUGCCUGCUGCUCGCCCUGGUUGGCCUGUCACGGCACUGCAGGGAGGACGCGAGGCGGCUCCACGUCGUCCUGCAUCGCCUCGUCCUCUCGCUCGCGCCACUCGUCUUCUUCCUCCAUUUCCUCACCACCAUGCUCGGCGCCAAGUACGGCUCUGCCCCCACCAAGCCCGGGGCGCCGCCGCCGCUCUUCGACCUCGAUACCAUCCGCGCCUUUUUCUGGGUCUUGUGCGGGCUCACAUCGCUCUUGAUGGUCUUGAUCUUCGCCAUCGUCGUCUCAAGGGCCUCCUCUUCUUCCGACAACCGGAGCACAAAGGACGACCAAUCGUCGGUGGCGAACCUGACGCAGGACGAGGCGGCCCGACCCACCGACGCAACUCUCAACAGCCGCCUCUCGGUCUGUGUGGCGGUGGCCACGUCCGCCUUCACGCUGCAGUGGGUGCUCGCCACCAGCGCCCCCUCAAGCUCGGCCGCACUGAUCCUCGUCGCGGCGCUGGCCGGCUGGUUUGGUUACGUCCUACUCUGCUUGCCCUUCUGCCUUGUUGGGAGCAGCUUGCGCGCUACACGGGCGCUUCCGGUCAGCCGCGCCGACGUCGUGUCGCUAUGGGGCGGCCCACCACGCCCCUCCACCGUGUGGGAAGACAAGAUGCCCCCAUGGCAGCCGCAGACGACACCCCCCUCGGCAUCGGCAGAGUGUGCCAGUCCCACAGAGGGAGACAAGGGCCACAGGCCGUCGUCCUCGCUCAUCUGGAGCGCCGAUCACAGCACGGCUCAUCUCUUCCAAUCAGGCCAUCAACGGGUGCUGAGCGACGAGAGGGCCGAGGGAACGUUGAGUCCCUCCUCGUUUGGCGGCAGCCCGAACCUGACAAACGGCCGGUUCGAGUGGGGUCUGGCCUCGACGGAACCAAGACACCGAAGAUCGCUCUCCCGGGCGCACUACACUUUCGACUCGUUCGGCCACCAGGGGGCGCUCAGCCAUGGCGGAGGCGCUCUGGGCGCAACUUACGGACUGGAACGAGGAGACAGCCUCACGGCAAUGCCUCCCUUGGUCAACACCCGCCGCGGCCGAAGGAAGGACGCACCAGCACACUUGCAGACGCCAGCCGACGUCGCGCAGCUGCGGCCCUCGACGUCAAAGUCGAUCGGCGCAAUGAGCCAGUUCAGCUUCAAGGGCGGGCUCACGCCCAUCGCACGGCAGUUUCCCGUCCCGUGCCAGCGGCGACCGUCGACGGGCAAGUCGUACGCCACGUCGUCUGGCAGCCGAUUGGGCACCGCCGACUCGACGGCGUCGACCCACACGUUUGGCGGCCUGGACACCACUAUGGCAGCCGACGGCUUCGGGCCCGUGAGCAGGCCGCUUCGAGUCGCUCGGACGACGUCGUCGGCUCGGCCCAAUACGGCGUCGAUGGCCAUUGUCGACUUUUGGGUCGAGAGCGGCCGUACGUUGCCCCCGAACCGCCUCGACAGGCCCGACGACUCGGGCGAAGAGGUGCUGAGACCGGAUACCGAUCAGCCCGGCACCGACACGCCUGGCGCGGGGACCAAAAGGCCCAGGACCCCAGCCUCGGCCUACGGCCACGGACGAGCCGUUCAGCGUCGACCGCCAAGGACUGCGCCGGAACGGAGGAAGGGCAGCGAGGACGCCGCUCUACACCACGGCCUCGGCCUAUACCAGCACGGCAGGGAAGGAAGCAAAGGAGACGCCUCGGCGACCAACGACGUCCUCACGAGGCCGCUCUCACCGUUGCCCGCCUACGUGCAGAAGAAGCUGCAUGCUCGAAGACCGCGCACCGCCGAUCCCGCCAUGGUCGACGUCGGCCGCUCGCACCGUCGAUUCGACGGCACGUCCUCGGCCAGCGAUCAUGGCACCGACUCCCGCGCGACGCACGCCUCGUCGCAGCUCUCGGUCAGUAUCUCGGUCUCGUCACAUCGCCGUCCUUCGUCGCCAUCCUCGUCAGACGGCGGCCAUCGAGGGUACGACUACUUCUGA